AGUGUGUAUAGACGAGUGGCACUGGCACACGGCUGUGUGGCACGCCUUCACAGACCACGCUAAGAUGGUGCAGUUCAGCUCCUUCCUGGGUUUUUGGCCCGUCCGCAGAGGAUCUUUCUUCAUCUCCCUGUUUACCUUGAUAGUAUACAUAAUUCUAUUUAUUGUAUACAUUGUCUUAUACAACAAGAGGGAGCUUAGCAGCACUGACAAAGAUACAGCCUUCGAUGUUUGGAUGAUCCUGGCCCUGAUUGUCAUCUUCAUUAAAGUGCUGAUGGGCGCCCUCCUGUUCUUCGCAGUGCAGCAGGAGAUACCAGGGCUUCUAAUGUUGUGGUCAUUUGCAUUCUUCGUUACUUCCGUGGUGGGAGUAAUCUUUGACAUUGCCGUCAUCAUCCUGUGGUCUUUUUGGAUGAUCAUCCCAAUCAUCAUUGCUGCCCUCUACAUCUACUUCGUGCUCAUAACCUUCAGCUACUACAAGGAAUUGUCCGGCACAUCGUUUAACACGUAGAGAGCCCUUUGCCCUGCAGCUACUAGGGCUGACUAGCUAGCUGUCAGUCGACUGCCAAAACCACCUUAUUAACAUUAAACACUCACUGUUUUACUGACUAGUUAUUACAAAAUUCACAUUAUCUUCGAAUAUAAUAGAUUUACCUUUUUUGGAUUAAUUUGAUGAGUUAAUAUAUGUUGUAAGAGAGUAACUUGAAGCAACACAAAAUAUGGCCUAGCAUACUUAAAAGCUUAUUAUUUAAAUUUGCAAUGAAAUUGUAAACUUUAUUAUUUUAGACUUAUUGUUUUUAAAAAAAAAGUGAAAAGCUUUAUAUUAUUUUCUUAGUUAUUCAAAUAUGUAAUCAUUUAUUUGAGCUUGUAAAUCAUGAUUUUUGUUAUAGGCCUAUUGUUUUUGUUAAGAUUAUGUCUUUCUUUUUCCAAAAUACUUGUUUCAGACAAGGCGACAAGACAUAAUGCUCGGAGAAAGAAUGAUAAUGUUUAUCAUAAAACAUUAUUUGUAAGGCUAAGCUAUUUAUUUUUAUGGAAAUUUCUGUUAAACUAAUCGAAAGAGUAAUUAUGAUUGUAAUCAAACAAUAAAUAGGUUUAGUUUGGUUUGAAUUAAAAAAAAAAACUGUUGAGUUUUAGUAAUUUAUUCAUAAGGUUAAAUUAAUUUUAGUUAAAUCCACACAUUGUUUUUUUUUUAAUAAACGUAUAAACUAGUUA